CUAUUUCUCGCGGAGGGAUAUAUCUCGUCAAGGCCUUGACCGCGCUGCAGCAGCGCAGCCGAAAUGUCGUUUUUCAAUGGAGGCUGAACAUGCGAAUUCGCCAGCUUUAGGCGCCAAAUAAUCAGAAAUCUAGUCCAAAUUUCGACAUACGAAGCCUGAAAAAGCCUACUGGAGGAUGGAAACGACAGGUUCGACGUCGAGGGAGGCUUCCCCGACUGAAUCUGAAUUGUACUUCCUGAUCGCAAAAUUCCUCUCCGGUGGACCUUGUACGAGGGCAUUUGAGGUCCUACAACAAGAGCUGCAAGAACACGAGCUUCUGGAGCGCCGGAGCGACUGGUUGGGAAAUACGCACCCUCAAACCUUCGGAAACUUGGUGCAGAGAAACCCCCACGUCAGUCAGCAACACCUGUUGCAGGUGUGUAAACGGGUGGGCCCGUUGCUGGACGCACAGGUGCGGCCCAGUGUGCCAGGUGUGAGGACUCUCCUGGGGUUGGGCAGGCAGUCACUGCUCAGACAUGCAGAUGACUUUAAGAAGGUCCAGUGGAAAGGGCCCACCUUGGCAGCCAAGGCUUCUGGUUCCCAUGGUAACCUGAUGCCACCUGUCAAUUACGGCCACGCCCCUGCUGCAUGUCACGUAGUGAAUGCUAGACAGCUGUUGGGUGUGGCUAAGCGUCACUUCCUAGCGCCAGCCCAGACCACGUACAGUAAGUACAGCAUGCACCUGCGUGUGCUGGGACACCUGUCUGCUGUCUACUGUAUCGCCUUCGACAGGACUGGAAAGUGUAUCAUCACGGGUGCGGAUGACAACCUGUUGAAGAUCUGGUCAGCGCACGACGGCCGGCUGGUGGCCACGCUCCGCGGGAUGUCCAGCGAGAUCACGGACAUGGCGGUGAACUAUGAGAACACGCUCCUGGCGGCGGGCAGCGUGGACAAGACGAUCCGUGUGUGGGACAUGAAGACGUUAGCGCCGGUGUCAGUACUCAUGGGCCACUCUGCCAUGGUUACCUCACUUCAGUUCUGUCCGUCGGCUCGUGGCUCUCAGCGUUUCCUGGCGUCGACCGGUGCAGAUGGGACUGUGUGCUUCUGGCAGUGGUGUGUCAACACAUGUACCUUCAACCAAACCCCCAUCAAGUUCGCGGACCGGUCGCGGGCGGGCGCUCAGCUGCUGUGCUCGUCCUUCAGCCCCGGCGGGACGUUCCUGGUGACGGGGAACUCGGACCACAUCAUCCGUGUCUACUUCCUGAGCGUGGCUGGACCAGACAGGAUCGCGGAGCUGGAGGCACACACUGACAAAGUGGACAGUAUCCAGUACAACAACAGUGGGGACAAGUUUGUCAGCGGCAGUCGGGACGGCACGGCGCGAGUCUGGAGGUUCGAGAGACAGGAGUGGAGAAACGUCUUACUUAACAUGGCAACAAGUCUGCCGGGUAAAUCAAACCAGUUGGACACAGCAAACAAGUACUUUAAGUGGAAGGUGACGAUGGUUGGGUGGGACCUGCACGACAAGUACGUCAUCACAGCCGUCAACGACAAGUCCCUGAAGGUCUGGGACUCGCACAGCGGCAAACUGGUGCACAUACUGGAGGGUCACACAGACGAGGUGUUUGUUCUGGAGGCCCACCCGACCGACCCCCACGUCCUGCUGAGCGCUGGCCACGACGGCCAUGUCAUGGUCUGGGACCUGCAGACCGGCAGUCUCAUCAAGAGGUUCUUCAACAUGAUUGAAGGUCAGGGUCACGGAGCUGUGUUUGACUGUAAGUUCUCGCCGACUGGGAUGCACUUCGCUGCUACCGACUCACACGGACAUCUGCUCAUCUUCGGCUUUGGGUCCAAGGAGCCUUACUCUAAGAUUCCAGAGGAGAUGUUUUUCCACACAGACUACCGCCCGCUCAUCCGCGACUCCAACAACUACGUGCUUGACGAGCAGACCCAGCAGGCCCCCCACCUCAUGCCUCCCCCCUUCCUGGUGGACGUGGACGGGAACCCCCACCCCCCCAGUCUGCAACGGUUGGUCCCUGGGAGGGAGAACAUGCCCGCAGACCAGCUCAUUCCACAAGUGGGGGUGGCAGCUAAUGGUCAACCAGAGGUCAUGGGUCCAAUCCCAGAAGCCCCUGCAGUGGUGCGGCCGCAGAACGAGGACGAGGAGGCUGCGAACAUCCUGGACAACAUGAUCGCGGAGAUGCAGCGCCAGCAGGACGGCGAGGAGGACGCCGGCGACGCCCAGGCCGUCAGGAACGACGACACCGGACUGAGGAGCCCCCCGGUCGGUCUGAGGAGGAGCGGGGACGUGGAGGGCGUGCGGAGGGCCCACGGGAACGUCACCGUCAGCCAGCAGGCCUCCGACUCGGACCUGGUGGCCUGGAGCAAACGGGUCGUCGUACCGGACAUGGAACCAGCACUGCUCGAGAGUGACGAAAGGCGGAGAGUGAGGUUAGGUGAGGAGGAACUGUCCAGGUACAAGAUGGAGAGGAAACGCAGACCACUACCUGCAGCAAUCAGUAGGAAUGAUUCGUCUGACUCGGAGAGAAAACUGCGGAACAGGAAGGGGCACAGACAGACGCUGACACACGCGUACCGCACACGCACCAACAUGGCCAUGGACACCUCACACAGCCGCUCACGGUCGCGCCAGGUUCCCGAGUUCGACAGUUCAUCUGAGGUUGAGCUUGAGAUGGAGCAGGGUGGGUCAGGAACAGAGACAUCGGAGGAUGACCAGGUCUGGGACAGCAGCAGUGACAGUGAAAGUGAGUCUAGUGAGUACUCUGACUGGACCCAGGAUGUGGGGCUGCCCAAGGAGCGCAGCAGGGGCGAGAAGCAGUCCCAGCGGCAGAGGAAGGCCCCGCGGCGGCCGCUCGACUCUUCAGAGGAGGAGGAGGAAGAGGACGAGGAAAGACCCAAACCUCCGCCCAAGAGCAAGAAACCCAAGAGGAAAAACAAGAAACCCGCGCCUGUCAUUGACAUGGACCAGCAGAUGUCUCUGGACGACAUUCCCGACGAGUACCUCCCGCCGAAGUGGAUCACGGACAUGAAGCCGCGGCGCUCGCCGUACGUGCCUCAGGUCGGGGACGAGGUGGUGUACUUCAGACAGGGCCACGAGCUGUACGUGGACGCCGUCCGCAGGCACAAGGUGUACGAGAUCAACCCUCGCAAACAGCCCUGGCACAAGAUAGAACUCAGGGAGCAGGAGAUCGUGCGAGUGAUCGGUAUCCGGUACGAGAUCGGACCCCCGCUGCUCUGCUGCCUGAAACUGGGGCUCAUCAACCCUGAAACAGGCGUCCUCACUGGAGGCAGUUUUACUAUCAGGUACCAUGACAUGCCAGAUGUGAUAGACUUCCUGGUUCUGAGACAGGUGUACCAGCAGUCAGUGGAGGCCAACUGGCAAGUCGGUGACCGUUUCCGUGCCAUUAUUGAUGACCAGUGGUGGUUUGGGACCAUCGAGUGUCAGGAGCCGUUUCAGGAGGAGCACCCAGACAGUCACUUCCAGUGCUUCAAUGUCUGCUGGGACACGGGUGAGACAGAAAGGAUGAGCCCAUGGGACCUGGAGGGUGUACCAGCCGAGAUGGACCUCCCAGAUGAUGCGCACAUAGGUAUUGAGAUCACUGCAGAUGACUGGAAGGCCAUGUGGUACAACCCUAAAGAGUCAGAGUGGAGUUCUGAGGGGAGGGAACCCGACUGUCAGAGGAUCAUCGCUUGUAUAGAAGAAGUGAUGAGCCUUGCUCCUGCUGAAGCCUUCAACGCGCCGGUGGACCUGAACUGUUACCCCAUGUACUGUAUGGUGGUGGAAUAUCCCACGGACCUUACCACUAUCAAAACUAGGCUGGAAAACAGGUGGUACAGGAGACUAGCAGCCCUACACUGGGAGGUGCGGAGAAUAGAACAGAACGCAGAGAAGUUUAACGAGAGCGACAGUCAGAUUGUUAAAUCUGCACGACUCAUCACGAAAAUCCUGCAGGAAGUCAUCAAGGACAACUCGUGUACGGACGCCAUUGCUGUGUUUAACAGGUUUGCAGGAGAGCAGGAGGAGGUGGACGUGGAGGGAGAUGCAGAGGAGGAAGAUGAAGAGGAAGAGCAACAUGAGAACAAGAAAAAGAAACAGAGCUCGAGUAAGUCUCGGCCGCGCCCGCCGUCCCAGGACCCCCCUGACCCCCACAUGUGGAAGCGGCAGUGUCGGGAGCUGCUCAACAUCAUGUUCCAGAUGGAGGAUUCUGAGCCCUUCCGCAACCCUGUCGACCCUCUGGAGUAUCCUGAUUACCGUAACAUCAUCGACACGCCGAUGGACCUGGGUACGGUGCGGGAACAGCUGAUGGUGGGCGCGUACGAGAACCCCACCGAGCUCAGCAAGGACGUCAGACUCAUCUUCAACAACUCCAAGACGUACACACCCAACAAGAAGUCUCGGAUCUACAGCAUGACCUUGAGACUGUCUGCGUUCUUCGAGGAGAACAUACGCCAGAUCGUGGCGGAGUGGCGCAGCGCCAAGAAACACGUGGAGCGCCUGGCCCAGAACAGGUACUAUAGGAAGAGUCAGGAGUCGGGGAGAAAGGCAGCAAGAAUGAGACGGGAGUCAGGGGCCUCAAGCACCUCCUCCAGGAGAGACAGAAAAACAGGCAGCAAAACAGAGGACGGCCCAUCUACCUCAUCCCAAAGGAUGGAAACAGACGAUGAAGAUGAAAAUGAUGAAGAAGAGGAGAAGGAGGAAAAGAAAAAGAAGGCUGGUCCUUCUUCAGCACAAGCCUCACAGCCAAGAAGAACAGGGAAGGUCAUGAAAGGGGAGGAAGAAAGUGAAGAGGAAGAAGAAGAGGAAAAGAAACCAGUUAAUUCCAGGCCGUCCAGAUCCAGCCAAAGAAAUGCUACCUCAGGGACAUCCAAAGUGCGGAUAAAGUCGCCGUCAUCAGAAAGGAGUGACGAGGAAGAGAGCGAGAAGGAACAGAGCGAGGAGGAGACCAGACCGUCCAGAACCACCCGGAGCACGAGAAGCUCCGCUAGGGAACUCCGCGAUUCAAGUUCAGAAACAAGAACACCGGUUGCCAACGGUCACACGAAGGAGUACAAGACCCGUGCGAAGGCCCGUUCUCAGCAGCUGUCCUCAGACAAGGGCAGCGACGACAGCAGCAGCAGUGGGGACAGCAGCAGCAGCAGUAGUGGGUCCAGUAGCAGUGACAGCAGCUCGUCUGACAGCGAGGACUCCAGUUCCAGCUCCUCUGACAGUUCCGACUCGGAGAGCGACGGCAAAACCUCUCGCAAACGGAAAACACAGAACUCGUCAAGUAAGAAGCGGAAAGCAACCUCACACAGUAAUGUAAACGGCAAGUCGCGGAGUUCGAAAAGGCGGAAAGUUGCGUACGAGCAUGACUCAGAUUACGAUGACGGUGACAGGCCGUAUAAUACGAGAACUAGCAACCGAGGCACGCGGUUUUAUCACGACCAUUCUGAUGUGGACUCAGACACUGACGCUGUUUCAAGAAGCGUUUCUCGUAGCGGGAGGAUCAGAAAGCUCACUCCACGCGCGAGGGCGAAUCUCGUCGGAUUCUAGAGACAAGAAUCAGGUCCAGGGUUUUUACAGAACUUCGGUACAUUUCAGGCCUUCCUCUCACAUCUGCAGAGCUGCUGCUACCACCGUCCGAGGCACAUCAGUAGUUUUCUAACUGCAAUAUGUUCUUAAAAACGUACAAUCUUUCUUACUGAACUAGGAGUAGUCUUUUUUACCACAGAGAAAACUAACUGGCUACCUGCUAAGUUCUGUUGUAAGCACUACAGGUUUGGUGCCUAGAUGCACAGUCUUAGCAGAAAAAGGUUAAAAUCCUUGGCCAUUCUCAAGACUUUUGCAGCAGAGCUAAGGGUAUCAUGUUAACCCUCCUCCUGCUGCCUUGAGUUGUAAACAGUACAAAUAUGAAGCAUGGAUGCAUCUGUAGCAGGGGGAAGGUUAACUGUUUAUCUGAUCGACCAACGAACAAUGAUGACGUUGCCUUGUCUGUGUUGACAUAUCUGGCUACAUGAUCUACCUCACGUUUGUACAAAUAGUUUGUAACUACACGAAGAAGAAUCUGCCGUUUUUAACAAGAAAUUUUCUACUCAAUGCCAUUCUUUAACACAGUGCACUCUUUGCUAUUAGGAAUAUUUUAGCUAAUGUUAAAUCCAGAGACAGAGUUUGUAGUUAUUGUUAGGAUAUUAGGCAACACAGGGGUCCUACACAAUCUGGAAACAUUUUGAAGUUUCACCAAACUUGGUCACUUCAAAUGUGGAAAAGACUGCAAAUAUGGAAUUUCUCACAAAUGUUCCAAAGGUCGUACCAAAUUUUAUAGAAACAUUGAUACCUUGAUACACAUUCGAGAAUUCUCGUCCAUUUGACAUUUGAAACAUUACAUAUACCCAGUACCAGGUUUAAAUGACUGCUAGGAAAAGGUCUUAUUUGAUUGUCCAAAAUUCCCAGCAACCGUAUACUACAGUAACCUUGGCAUGACCUUGACAUGACCUUGACAAGGUUACGUAUUUCCACUUGACCUUGUGUAGGAACCCUGUCUUUGAUACUAGAACGUCUUUAAGUGUCGUGUCUUGUGAACGUCAUACUCUUGCUUCUGUACUGAAGUUUGAUGGGUGGUUUGAAUGCAGCCAAAUGUUAACGUUGUAUGGAGUAAAGUUUGCCAGGAGCUGUAAAGGUGUCGGGUUUUCAGGCCAUUUUGUUGCAGAAGCAGUUUUGAAUGCUUUAUUACGUCCUUUCACAGCGUAUGGUCCGGAACUGUUGAUUUAAGUGCAAUGCUUGGUUCUUACACAAUCAGUGUCCGUUUCAGGGUCUUCUGUUAAGUACGUGUACUUUGUAAGUUACUGAUGUGUUCCACAGUUGUAAUAUUUAGUGUUUUAUUGCUGUUUUGUUUUUCUAGUUUUGUACUGGUUUCUGUUUGGUACCAUAGAAACAUCACAAAUCAGUAGCAAUCAAAACACAGUUCAAAGCUUGACUUUCAGCCUUGUAUAGUUUUAGUCUGCUCCAGCAAUGAUGUAACAGUGGUGGAGCAAACUAAAUCUGUGCAAGUCUGGAAGCCAAAUUUUCCAAAAAUGUCAAUAUGAAAACAGUGACUGACAAUAUACUGCAAUGGAAGAUGGCUAAGGUAACUGUUCUAUGCACAUUUCUUACAGUUUUGUUCAGUUUAUGUUGAAAUGCUUUAAGCUGUUCUGCACAACAAUCGGACACAGUUUCUAUCAACAUAUUUUUUGUUAUUUCCAAAGAACAGUUUUCACAAUCUGUGUAUCCUUGCCCAAAACUGUACAGUAGGGUGGUGACGUGUGCUUUGUAUAUAAGGUUAUACUUGAUUGUCUUUGUAGCCGACCAUGUACAUACUUUUUCAAAAGUUUUGGAGAUAUGUUGAGCGGAAAGCAGGUUAAUAAACUUGCCUCUACAAGAGCUGU